AAAAAAUAGCUAAAUUCGAACAACGAAAAGCCUCUCUCCUUCCUUCUUCCCCCCCGCCCAAGGGAAGAGAGAGGAGCAAGGAAUUCACCGAGAAUUACGCCUACUGCCUUCUGGUUUCUUGCUUUCUCCCUCUUCCCUCUCGCCGGCCGGAGCUCAUCACGCUCAGAAAGCUUUUGUCCCGGCCUGGGAGGGAGGGGGAAGGAGACAACCGGAACGGUGUGAGGAGGAACUGACCAAUCUCUCAGAGAGAGAGAGAGAGGGGACGAAGAACAGAAAUCGCUUACCGCCGGAGCUUGAAUAUCCUUCCUCCCUGCUCCGGCUGAUUCGCCUCUGCUCUCUCCUUUCUCUCGCGGACGCCAGCGGUCGCGGUGGAGAAGUUUCUUCGUUUGUUUGUGUGUGUUAGUCUUAAUUCUAGAGGAGAAUGCUUUGGCGAUCGAGCAAUCUAAGAUCCUGACCUGAUUUUCUCUCGCUACCGGCUCGUUUCUUCUCCCUGAAUUCGACUCUGUUUGGCGACAAGAGAAAAUGAGCGUGGUGAGCUCGACGAUCCGCGGUAGGGGCGACCGGCGGAGCGCGCUGGGAUCAUGGGGCGGGGACGAGUCGGUGUCGAUUUCCGGCGACGUCGCCGGCGAAUCGGAGAAGAUUCACGUCGCCAUCAGGCUGAGGCCGCUCAACGACAAGGAAAUGGUGAAGAACGACGUCUCCGAUUGGGAAUGCAUCAGUGCCACCACCCUCAUCUUCAAAUCCUCCAUGCCCGAUCGCUCCAUGCUCCCUUCCGCCUUCACAUUCGAUAGAGUGUUCGGGCCGGAUUCCGGCACGAAGCAGGUCUAUGAGGAAGUGGCCAAGGAAGUCGCUCUUUCCGUCGUCAGCGGCGUCAAUGCUAGCAUUUUCGCGUACGGCCAAACGAGCAGUGGGAAGACGUAUACGAUGAGCGGAAUCACAGAGUACGCCAUGGCAGACAUUUUCAACUACAUCUACCAGAACCAAGAAAGAGAGUUUGUGUUGAAAUUCUCCGCCAUUGAGAUCUACAACGAAGCUGUUAGAGACUUGCUUAGCUCGGAUCCCAGUCCUCUCAGGCUUCUGGAUGAUCCAGAGAGAGGAACCAUUAUUGAUAAGCUGAUUGAAGAGACGGUUGAAGACUGGAACCACCUGCAGGAACUCCUUUCCAUUUGUGAAGGUAAAAAGCAUGACUCUUCUCAAGAACACUGUGAUGAAAUUGAAAUGCAGCUCGACUUCAAUGCUGAGGUGAGAUUUUCUUGUGGUGCAGCUCAAAGGCACAUAGGAGAGACUGCUCUGAAUGAGUUCAGCUCCAGAUCACAUCAAAUCCUUAGGCUAACGGUGGAAAGCUGUGCUCGUGAGAACUUUGGUUCAGGGAAUUUGAGCACUCUCACUGCUUCCCUGAAUUUCGUUGAUUUGGCAGGGAGUGAGCGAGCUUCUCAGGCAUGGUCAACCGGUACGAGAUUAAAAGAAGGUUCCCACAUUAACCGCAGCUUACUCACCUUGGGCACCGUAAUCCGCAAACUAAGCAAAGGGAAAUACGGACACAUACCCUACAGAGAAUCCAAGUUGACCAGGAUACUGCAGAAUUGCUUGGGAGGCAAUGCGAAGACUGCCAUAAUCUGCACAAUGAGCCCUGCCCGUUGCCACGCCGAGCAAUCGAGAAACACGCUCAUGUUCGCCAGCUGCGCCAAGGAAGUGUCGACCAGCGCACAGGUCAACGUGGUGAUGACUGACAAGGCCUUGGUGAAGCAGCUGCAGAGGGAGAUCUCCAGGUUGGAGGGCCAACUUGAGCGCCAGGCCAAAAACAGCUUGGUAGGAACCAUGUCCAAAGCCAACGAUACAGCUGCAUUGCUGAAGGAGAAAGACCUUUUGAUUGAGCAGGCCUUGGUGAAGCAGUUGCAGGGGAAGAUCUCCAGGAUGGAGGGCCAACUUGAGCGCCAGGCCAAGAACAGCUUGGUAGGAACCAUGUCCAAAGCCAGCGAUACAGCUGCGUUGCUGAAGGAGAAAGACCUUUUGAUUGAGCAGUUGCAGAAGGAUAUCUCCAGGUUGGAGGGCCAACUUGAGCUGCAGGCCAACAGCUUGGUAGGAACCAUGUCCAUAGCCAACGAUACAGCUGCAUUGCUUAAGGAGAAAGAACUUUUGCUUGAGCAGAUGGAGCAAGAGAUCAAGGAGUUGACCUGGCAGCGCGAUCUUGCACAAUCGCACAUCGAUAGCUUGCUGAAAUCAGUCAGGGAAGAUCGACUCUUCAGAGUGGACGAGAAUUCAGUAUUAGAGGCUGAUGCAGUUCUCGCAAGAAGCAGCAGCACCGGUAGGGAGUACGACCAGUUCAGCAUGCCUAAUCUUGUUCCCAAGAGGCAAUUGCUUGAGACACAAGCAAGUCUCGGAGCUAACUCUCUGCAGGAGGAGAUCCCUCAACGGAGCACCAGCGAGUCAGAGAACAUGUGCAGGGACGUCCCUUGUGCCGAAAUGGGAGAAACUCCAUCAACAAAAAUGGAUAAUACUACAGAUGAACCUGCUGAUGUGACAUUAGCGACGGCUGAGGAAACCAAGGAGCUUUGCGACGUGGGUUCCUAUGAUAUACACGAGAUUCUGAAGCGGAGGGUUCAGGAACUGCAGAAGACGAUAGAAAGUUUGGACAAGUCUUCUCCUUAUAGGUCGGAGAAAGGUGUGUCGUGGACCAGAAGCAAGAGCAAGAAAGUUGUGGUGAUGACUAUUCCCUCGGCACUUUGGUCCAAGAAAGCAGAGGACAAGGAAGAAGACAGUGAAGAGGAGGAUGGUUACGAUGCUAGAGACUCUAGUGCAACUGACGAGGAGAUUACCGAGAGACGAGAGAAUCCGGAAGAGGACAACAAGGGUCUGAAGAUGGAGCACGUGUCACGAAUGAACAACUCAGAGUAUCCGGAGAGCUGUGUUGUUGGCACCAAAGAGGAUGAGAUCAUUAAAGAGAUCGAUGUUCAUUUUGAUGAUUUUGAUGAUACGACGAGUGUUCUGAAUUCAGUUGCAGGAGGAAAGAAGGGUAAGAAGAUAAUCAAGCAUCAAAAGCAGCCGACCAGAGAAAUCGGUGUCAUUUCGGUUGUGGAGCCACUGAGGAGAAUUCCAGAAGGGAGGCCAAUGACACGGGCAAGAGACCUUGUUUCGGAGACAAACAGGAGUUUGAGCCAGAGCCAAGCUAACUGGUCACAGAAAUUUGAGAGGUACCGCAGGAAGAUCAUCGAGCUAUGGGCGAAAUGCAAUGUACCAUUGGUCCACAGGAGUUACUUCUUCCUCCUCUUCAAAGGAGAUCCUUCGGACAACGUGUACAUGGAAGUUGAGCUCAGGAGACUCUACUUCAUGAAGGACACAGCUGCUCGUGGAAACAACCCCGUCGUGGAUAGUCAGGUCGCUACGUACACCUCUAGUUCGAAGCUUCUAAAUCGGGAGAGGAUAAUGUUGGCCAAACAACUGCAGAAGAAGUUGACGAGAAGGGAAAGGGAAGAGCUGUACCUGAAGUGGAACAUAGAACUCGACACGAAGCAGAGAGCUUUGCAGCUGGCUGGAAAGCUGUGGACGGACUUGAGAAACAUAAGACACGUUAGGGAAAGUUCAAUCCUCGUAGUGAAGCUAAUCGGGUUUGUGGAGCCACAAUAUGCGCCAAAGGAGCUAUUCGGGCUCAGCUUCUUGAACCCGUCAGCUAACCAGAAGUCCUCCAGCUGGAGGGACAACGUGUCCUCUCUUCUAUGAGAGGCUCAUUCUAUCACUACGCAAUUUGCUAACAAAGAUUAGAUGCCUUUUGUAUACACAGUAACACACACAACUAAAAAUUUUUGGACAGUUUGGGGAAGUAACGGUCUUUCCUUGUAAAUGAAAGAGAAAAGGCUUUUAAGCCGAGAGUGUAGUAAAAAAAAGGUAAUUUUUGGACUCGAUGAGACUUCCGCUGCUUAUUCACCUUUACUUGCUACGUGGUAAAAAAAAGGUUGUGGGCAAGGAACCGGCAUCAACAAACAAUCACAGUUGAAUCACAAAAGAGAACCGGCAUUAUCAAGCAAAGAGCAAAAACCUCUCAUGAAAACAAUUUCAACCGGAUGCCAGCUGCAAAACAUCCCCAUAGGACAUUUCUUCGCGUGAACAAAGUUCACAACGGCUUCACUAUAUUAUUGAAGACUAUAUUAUAUAGACAUAAGGCAGAAGAUACUUACACUACCAGAUCAACAUAUCGGUUUUCCUUAUAUCAAUAAUGCUCCAUCGGUGAUUCUCCAUCCUGAAUCAGAAAGCGAGAUCUCGUAUCUAGUUGUGUAGGUCGUAGUGUUUGGGCCGCUCGUAGGAUGAACAACAUCGGUUAAGGCGAUCGAUUCAUUUAUUGUUGCUUCCACGACAGCGUGUUGUUCAUCUGAGGACAUGGUUACACUGUUGACGGUCAAGUCCAAUAGCAUACAGUCGUAUACCCAGCCAAGCUUUGCAAUUUCAGCGGCUCGGUCUGUCCAAAGCUUCAACAUCCGACCAUCCAAUACCUCUGUCAAUUUUCCCAAACAGUGAUCAGGUCCAAAAGCCUGAGACUUGACAUUCUGCCAUUUCCGGACUACACCUUCUGCUAAACUUGCGUGCUGUUUUGACAAUUCUUCCGUGUUGCUGUCUACUUCAGAAGUGACAUUAGAAGAAGCCGUUGCUAGGUCUAUCUUUCCUUGGCCAGAGAACCGAUCUCUAGGAGGCAUACCCUUCAAUCCUACUAAAGCCAACAGUCCAAUCGCCACUCCAGCACACAUGGCCUUCACACUAACAUCCUUCAACUUUUCACCAACCGAUUCUGUCACUACAGUGACAAUGUUAUCAUUGACAAUCUUUUCAAGGAACUCUUCGCUUUCUUGGCUGCCCAAAGGAAAAACCUUCUGCAAUGCCUCAGCACCUAUCCUCACUAUAGCAGUAGCGGCAGCAAGGGGCGAUCGACCAGCACCCUCCCUGCUUUCUAAGUAGGCCAAGACAGUAGGAUCAUCAUAGUAGUCAUUAAGCCUGAACUCUACAUCUUUGGUAUCUCUGAACCUGGGAAAAACCACAUCUGUUAACCAGGUCUCCAACAGCUUACAAAGCCCGCGAAGAUAGUCUACAUCAUCAUGAUUUGAGUUCUCCUGCACAAAUUCUACAACCGCUGGGUUUCUGUAACGUGAGUCAGCCUGGUCUAAACCUAGCCAUGCAUGACAGUCAUCCAACUCCCCUAAAAGCAGCGAGCAGAGACCUCUUCCUAGUGAAAACUCCAUCUCACGUUCUUUUAGAGUGUUUGAAUGAGUGGACUGUUGGAGUUGCUCGAAUAGAUUAUCAGCACAUGGUACAUGCUGAGGCUUUUUACCCAUGAAAGCUUGGGAAACUAGUGCGAGGGCAACUCCGUGCACUUCGAAAUUCUGAGGUGGAAUGUUCGGUGGCGUGGCUACAAAUAGAUCAACCUGCUCAGAAGAUGUCAUGUGCAAGAAGGCUUCUUUCAUGAAAUCUUCACGAGUGAACCCACUGUAAAGUGGCGAUGCUCCACCUCCUCCAACGGCCCACAAUAUGUUGCGCACUCCUUGGAGACCCUCUUCUCUUUUCGUCCGGAAUUCAUCCUCAAGGGGCAAGGCUAGAAAUUCUAGAACAUAACGAGGGGUGAUCUCCUCCAGCGUCUCAUCUAUCUGUGCCUGUAAAUCAGGGGCAAGGCUGCUUGCACCUUCCUCCUGCAAGAGCUUCAAGGCCUUUUCUAGCAUAUCACACCCCCUAAUGAAGUCAGGUGGGUUGAACGCCAUGGCAUUCCUCGACAUAUCGACGUAAGCAAGAGCGAUUACCAACACCACAUCUUGUUUGAACUGCUUGGCCAAUCUUUCCUUAAGCAUAGUCUCUCCAAUUUCUAAAACCAGCUCGGUGUCCCCUGCUUCUUGCAGCACACAGAGAGCUCCAGGUACAUUGUCCCAAGGGACCUGAGUAAGCACUGUGUCCUCCUCGUCAUCAAUGAGGCCGUGAUUGUAUUCUCUCCUGGAAUUGAAAUUGGCAAGAGUCUCGCAGGCUGCUUGCAGAAUCUGUCUACGGCUGAUCAAAGCUUCUUGACUGAAUCCAUAGGCAGGCGGUUUGGAUACCCUAGCUUCGUACGCUCUCCUGAUUCCAUCUCCGAGGAAAUGCGUCUCAGCUCCCAGAACCUUUUCAGCAGCCAACAACGAACAAUUCCAUUGCCAGACAAUCAGAAACAUAUUCGAAAGAGAAGAGCGAAAUCAAUUACUGAAAAAACGGAAAUUGGAACUGCAUUUCUCGUUUUACCUUGUAGAAAUCGAGAGGA